UGUGGCUCUACAUCACUGUCAUUUCAGCUGUCAUUACAAUGAAAUUCAAAAAUUGUUGCCUAUCAAAAAUCUUCGCAUAUAUCGCUUCAAAUAAUCUGUGAUAUAAUAAAUAAAGGGAUUUCUCCAAUAAUUGUUGAAAGACAACAAUGACAUCUGAAAAGUCUGUUUUACCGGCAAAAUUAUCAGAAGGUCCUUGUGGUCUAGGUGACCCGGAAGAUAGAACCUUACGAAAAGUAGAAAUAGAGGUGAUGAUACCAAAACUUAUGCGUGAAAAAGCUAAAAGUGAAAAAUGUGUAAGUGAAGUUAAAGAAUUUGAGAGAUGUUGUAAAGAUUCCUCAAUUUUUAUGGUAGUUAAAUGCCGCAAAGAAAAUUCAGCACUUAAAGAAUGCCUAACUAAUUGGUACAAUAAUGAAGAAUUUAAAAAACUAUGCACUGAAGAGUAUUUGAAGGAAAGAAGUGAGUACAGGAGAAGUGGAAUUAAGAAAUCAAUUAAGAGAGCAUAGAAUAUAAUAUAUUGUAGUUAUUUGUUGUUAUAAAAUGUUUAAUUAAAAUCAUCGUUUAAUGUUA